AGUAAAUCGAUAUGGAGUGCGACGAGACAAAGCUGAGCGACGGCGCAAGCGGCUGGGUGCCGAGUAUCCCGACAGAUAUCGAUUCAAAAGACACACCGUUGCUCGAUAUAUCUUCUCAGGCGAUUUGGGCGCUUUCCAGUUGUAAAAGCGGAUUCGGCAUCGACGAGCUCCUAUCCGACAGUGUUGAGAAAUAUUGGCAAAGCGAUGGCCCGCAGCCGCACACGAUUCUUCUAGAAUUCCAGAAAAAGACCGACGUGGCUAUGAUGAUGUUCUAUUUGGAUUUUAAAAACGACGAGUCUUAUACACCGUCAAAAAUUCAAGUAAAAAUGGGUUCAUCUCACCAGGAUAUAUUUUUCCGUCAAACACAAACAUUCAACGAGCCCCAGGGAUGGACAUUUAUCGAUUUACGCGACAAAAAUGGGAAACCGAAUCGCGUUUUUUGGCUUCAAGUACAAGUUAUUCAGAAUCAUCAAAAUGGGAGAGAUACUCAUAUAAGGCACGUUCGAGUCCUUGGACCCCAGCGAUCUCGUGUCUCCACAACGAAUCGAAUAUUCACCGGAGAACCACACGGACCGAUUCCCGAUAAAAAUAUCACUAAUUUCGACGACGAGGAUUUUGCCAAUUUUAUCGAUCACUCACUUGUUCACUUAUCACUUCGUUAAAUUUACCUCCAGUGAUUCCAGAUAAUGAGCCAGUUUUGCAUUGAAAUUUAGUGCCAAAAUAUAGAAAAUCGCAUGAUUUAACAUAAAAUAGCGUUUCGAAUUGAAACAAUGGAAAAAAAGUGCUAUGAUGAUUUUUUAACACUUUUAAUUGUUCCAAUUUGAAGUAAAAUCUAUUUUCAGAUAAAUCAACUGAUUUUCUAUAUUCUGCCACUAAAGCUUAAAAACUUGCCCUGCUGUCCUAACCUUCAAAUUGUUCCCUGCAAAUUUUAUUAUUCUUGUUUCAUAUUUUUGCGAUUGCUUCGCGAGACCCAAACUCACACAUUUACCUGUAAAAUAUAAUCGAAUAAUUAUUUAUAUAUUUUCUGUAAAUUUCCUUAGUAUACUAUAAAUUUUCUGAUCUCUCUUCAAAAAUCGCUAGAAAAAAUAAACAAAUGUCGGUUUAAA